UCCAUUCCUCUCUCUCUCUCUCUCUCUCUCUCUACAUUGAAGUUGAGCCAUGGCUACCAUAUUCACCUCAUUUUCUCUCUUCUCCCUCUUCAUUAUUCAACUUAUUAUUGUCCUUUCUUCGGCGGCUGGUUUUACCGUUGAUCUCAUCCACCGCGACUCCCCGCAAUCUCCCUUCUACAACCCUUCCGCAACCAAAACAGAUCGCCUCACAAACGCCGUGCGACGCUCGUUUAACCGCGCCUCUCACUUCAAGAAACGGAGCAGUACCCUCGCUCCGAACGGCAUCCAAUCCGAAAUAAUCCCCACCAGCGGAGAGUACCUCAUGAACAUCUCCAUCGGGACCCCGCGUUUCGAGGUCCUUGCGAUAGCCGACACCGGGAGCGACCUCACGUGGACGCAGUGCAAGCCAUGCGAAGACUGCUACAAGCAAAACGCUCCGAUUUUCGACCCCGAACAAUCCUCGACUUACCGAGCAUUGGAAUGCCAGACGCGUGCUUGUGAGGCCGUUGGUUCUUCUUCGUGCAGGCAGGCUGACAACAUCUGCGAAUACACGAUGCGCUACGGGGACCAGUCCCAGAGCACCGGAGAACUAGCCGUCGAGACUUUCACCUUCGGGUCCAGUUUGGGCCGGGCUCUUUCCGUUCCGAAGACGGUACUCGGUUGCGGGCACAGCAACUCGGGCACGUUCAACGAGACGGCCUCGGGAAUAAUCGGACUCGGAGGCGGACCCCUCUCGAUCGUGACACAAUUACGUGAAGCGAUCAAUGGCAAGUUUUCCUAUUGUCUGGUCGGCCUCGAAUCGAAUUCAACGAGCAAGAUCAGUUUCGGGGAAGACUCGGUGGUCUCCGGUGAGGGCGUGGUUUCUACUCCCAUCGUGAAAAAGGAAGUCGACACCUUUUACUACCUCACCCUGGAAAGCAUAACCGUCGGAAACAAGAGCUUGGCUUACAAGACGAAACAGCCCUCCAACACGGAUCCCGCUUACUCCGGCGAAGAGGGUAACAUCAUAAUCGACUCGGGGACGACCCUGACGUUUCUGCCUGCGGACUUGUACGAGGCCAUGGAAAACGAGCUGGUAAAAGCCAUCAACAAGGAAACAACUCCGGACCCUCAGCAGUCUCUCGGGCUCUGUUACGACAGCAAUACGAACGUCGACGAUCUCCCGGCGCUGACGUUCAAUUUCAGAGGGGCGGAAGUGGUGUUGCCGCCGUCGAGCAGCUUCGUACAGAAUGGAGAUUUGAUAUGUUUGGCGAUGGUUCCUAACAAUGAAUUCGCCAUAUUCGGAAACCUGUCUCAGAUGAACUUGUUGAUUGGUUAUGACCUUGAGAAUAAUGUGCUCUCUUUUAUGCCAACAGAUUGCGGCAAGCAGUAGCUAUCGGGGAUUUUAAAGAUCCAUUUCGCAUCAGCUGAUUCUAGUUUUUUUAAGAUACAUGUAAUUUGCUUUGAAAAAUGUUGGGAAGGCGCGCAAUUGGUGAAUUUAGUAGAAUGUUAAUUACUACAGCUCUGUCUUUUGAUUUA